AUGGAUAUAGACAAACGCGGCGCCUUUUCUAUCAACCAGGUCCCCCACUCUACCCAUCUGAAGAACGGGCCUGCAGAAAAGGUCAAGGCUCUACGCAAGUACGGCAAGGCUGUUCCUGAGAACCUUCUCAAGGCGGCUGAGAACCGUGCAAACACGGUCGUGGUUGAGGCUAGCGCAAGCAGCGGCUCUGUCACUGCCACCCCUAGCGAUCAGUACGAUACAUCGUACUUGUGCCCAGUCACCAUUGGCACACAGACUUUCCAAUUGGACUUUGACACUGGAAGCUCCGAUCUCUGGGUAUUCUCUUCGCUCCAGCCCAAGUCGCAAAUCAGCGGUCGUUCUUACUACACCGUGAACCCAUCCAAUGUCCUGAGUGGUUACACCUGGAAGAUCUCCUAUGGAGACGGAUCUGGUGCCUCUGGCAAAGUGUACGCCGAUAAGGUCACUGUUGGUCCCAUCACAGCAACUUCCCAGGCUGUUGAGGCUGCCACAUCAGUUUCGGCCUCCUUCACCCAGGAUACCACCACUGACGGUCUUUUGGGCCUCGCUAUGAGCUCCAUUAACGAGGUUAGGCCUGUCAAGCAGACCACUUUCUUUGACACCGUAAAGUCUCAGCUUGCCCAGCCGCUGUUCUCUGUCAGCCUCAAGUACCACGCUGCUGGCUCCUACGACUUUGGCUUCAUCGACUCAACCAAGUACACCGGUGCCAUCACCUACGUCAACGUUGAUCCCAGCCAAGGCUUCUGGGAAUUUCCCGCCACUGCCUACGCCGUCGGCAGCAGGACCACUUCAGCAAGCAUUGAUGGUAUUGCCGACACCGGCACCACCCUUGUCUUGCUCGAUGACUCUAUCCUCAGUGCCUACUAUGCACAGGUUAGUGGCGCACAAAACAGCGACUCGGCCGGAGGCUACAUCUUCCCUUGCUCCAGCACCCUGCCAGACUUCUCUAUCGUUGUCAGUGGCGUCAAGCAGACCAUUCCCGGAGAGUACAUCAACUUUGCCCCUAACGGCGAUGGCACCUGCUACGGUGGUCUUCAGUCGAAUUCCGACCUUGGUUUGGACAUCUUCGGUGAUGUUUUCCUCAAGAGCAAGUACGUCAUCUUCAACAUGGGCAACAACAGCCCUACUCUCGGUUUCGCUCAGCAGUCUGGUAACUAAGCUGCUGGCAACUGUGCCGAGGAUAUUAUUGAUGAGGUUUGCAUGGUGAUCAUGUGGAGAUGAGUCACUGAGAGAUGGCAAUGGCAUAGAGCAUUGGGUGGACUCUAGGGCGUGUUGAUGAAUUUCUGUCUACGGCAAUCG